AUGUGCGCCGUAGCUUACUGGCGUUGGACAGUGAAUAAUCGCUAUUAUGUUACAUUCGUCGCGAGUAAAUGCAAAGUUGCUCCGCUUAAAUAUCAGUCAAUACCUCGCAUGGAAUUACAAGCUGCGUUGCUUGCUGUGAGAUUAGCAGAUACUUUAUGUAAAGAACUUAAACAUAAACCUUACGAAAGAUAUUUUUGGUGUGACUCAAGUGUUGUACUUCAUUGGAUUCGAAACAAUAUGCGCAAUUAUACAGCGUUUGUCGCUCAUCGCUUAGGAGAAAUAGAUGAAUUGUCAAAACCAAACGAGUGGCGUUACAUACCUACGAAACUUAAUAGCGCGGAUAUCGCCACCAAGGAGACUUGUGAUUUAUCUGUGUUAAAAGAA